AUGUCGUCAGACUGCUCCAUCCCACCGUCGCAAGCGUCGAGCUCGUCUUCCAGCACCGCUGCCGAAGCACAUCCGCCGCGUUCCAUAUCAGCGAAUCAUGACGUUGGCGCUCAUCCUGACUUUUCGACGCACACUUCGUCAUCACAUCGCGGUUCACUCAACACUCACGCCUACUCGAGUGCCACAUACGACGCCAAAGGCAAGCGCAGAGCCAGCCAAGAUACUCUCUCCGAAUCGCCGGGUCACGAUGAACAACUACUUCCAGAUGCCUUGAAUCGCCUCACGUUCAUCUCUCUCCUGGGGCAACCCGUGGCCAUUUCAGCUUCUCUUUCUCCGCCCGAUAUCAGCUCAGCCGCGGCUACCUCUGCCGUCCUGCCUUCGCUGUAUAAGGCCAGCCGUGGUCGUAGCAUCAACGUCAGCCCAAGUCGUAGAUGGGACAGACGAGGUGCCAGCGCUUCCGUUUUGAGCGGCGCCAGUGCAAGUGGCAGCGGCGGUGAGGGCGACGAGCCGAGCGACGAGGAAUUGAUUCGCAGACCCGGUGCGUUGUACUCCAAUGGCGUCGAGCGCAGAACUGCGCCGACUUCACGCUCAUCCAGCCGUCGUCUCUCAGUAGCCAAAGAGGAGCCGCUUUUCCCGUCGGAUGACGAUGACUCCCCACCACUCUCACCGUCGCAGGAAACCAGCAGGCUUGUUGACAAGCGCCAGAAGCACCAAAGCCGCUCAAGGCGUUGGUCCAGCAUCGAGCGUGAACGCAGUCGAGGAAUGCGUAUCCUUUUGCAAGAGCAUCCCAACGACCAACACGAUAUUGCACAAACACCAAGAAGGCCUCGACCCAACUCGUCUAGCCGAGGGCGUACCCGCUCUUCCCACCGCUUUACCAGUGCCACUGAAGAAGAUGCCUCGGAUGCCGAAUUGUCGUCCACACCGUCCAGCUGCCCCAGCAGCUGCGAUCUCGACUACGUACCAACACGGGGCGAUUCUGCCGCCAUUCCAAUCAAAUCCCGCAGAAGCCGUUCGACUGCUCCGACGGGAGGCGUGGCCAACACUCCGGCGAGCGCUGCAUCUAGCCAGGACCAGGUUCCUUCUUCCACCGAUGGCAGCGACGAACCAUCACCCGCUGCAUCUACGCCAUCCACCUCCCUCGUUCAGAAGAGUCCUCCUGGCUUCACCGCCCUCAAAACGAUCGUUGCGAUUCCAGUGUCCUCCGACUCCGACCCGCUGCUCGGGCUCGGCACACCCAGCGUGGAGGAUCUCAUCCAGGUCGACAAGGUCGAAUUUUUCUCCGAGGAAACUAUCACAGCUCAAUUGGCAUCGGCACAGGUCAAACGCAGGACGUCGCCAAAGCGCAGUAAGAAGUCUUCCUGGAUCAUUGGCGACUUUGAGAGCGAGCCAGAGAGCGAGGAAGACCAGGAGUUCGUCAAAGCCGCUCCGCAUGACGAGGUCAAUCGCGCUCAUGCCACUGCCGUCAGAACGUCGCCGCCAGCACCCUCGGCGAGUAGCUAUCAAGCCCGCCUUGCCAGCCUACAAAGUCAAUUGCGCAUGUGGUCCCGCACACCAGACGCUCCCUCACCGCCCAGAACCCGUCAGAUCACCUCGAGCUCAGAAGAUCAGACCGAUACAGAAGCGAAUGGCAAGGAUGACUCGAGCAGUCCAGGUCUGCUGUCAGCUAGCUGGCGAAACUUGGCUCGAUUGCCAAACCUAAUCCUGUUGCCUGGUCUAGCUGCAAGGCAAGCCCGCGAGUCGCUCACCUCCGCGUCCAAAGCGCAGAACAAUGGUCCUGACGGUAGUGAAGGUGAGAGUGCCGUACCAUCAGCAUUGGACUAUACCGACUUGGCACACAGUUUCCGCCUCGCCAGUUCGAAACAAGGUUCCUCUGACGAGAACGUGCUGCAGUCACAGCGCAACAUUGCCCUCAAGAUGGGUCGGCCGCCAUCGCCAUCGCCGAGUCCAUCGCCUCCGGCUUCUCUGCUCGGAUCUCGACAGAGCAGCAACGACAGUCUCACCGGUACUGAGAGGGCUUACCCGGCGCGAAGCGUGACAGGCACUUCGCGUCGUGGCAGAGGCGUUGCAUCGCCGCUUGAAGCCGAUCGUGAUCCGUCCGCUUAUGUGUCUGGCUUAGGUCAACCUAUCGACCCGGAUACCGAGCUGUCCUCUGUGGUACAGCUGCAGACGUUCCGUAGUCGGAGCAGGAGUAGGCCCGCCGAAAGCAGACACAGAAGUCGAGCUUCUGAGGAUUCACGCUCUGAUUCGUCGCGGCACAACGUUCAGCGUGACCCGUCCGAUGAGCAGCGCGGAUCUCUGUCGCCUAAGAAGCUCGAUCAGCCUCUCAUUUCUCUACAGAAGCUAGACAGACCUCUUGAAUCGCAGCCGACAAAGGAGGAAAAGGCGCAGGAGCUUACCGCGAAGCUCGGCAACAGCAUCCCGACGCGGUCAGCUACUAAGCCUGACGGGGCCACUGCGCCCCUCAGUAUCCAGAUUCCGGCAUUGAUUGCAGUGCCGGCGAAGCCAAAGUCGCGUCUGGACCUACUCGGCGACGGACCAGCGCCAACCGAUACUGCAUCUGCGCCCACUUCCCCCACUUUCCGCAAAGACUCGUCUUCGUCGACAUCUAGUGCAGACGAGACAGACGGCAGCAACACAUCUUCCCCGCCGUAUCCAGACCAGAGCAGGGAAGAUACACCAGUCGAUGCGGAUGGUUUCCGCAUCGUUCGACGCCGACAUCGUCGAAGGUCGUCCGGUCCUCGAUCGCUGAGACCUAAAGUGGACGCGCUUGUGCCCCAAGGCUACUCGGCAUUCGCGAUCGCGGAGAAUGACGAGGAUGCAGAGGCAUCCGUGUCUGACGGCGAGACGACUCCGUCGCCCACGCAAGCCCGCUCAAGUCGACGUGGCCGUGGCCGUGGCCGUGAUUCUUCGCCUCGCCGUACUUCGCGACAAUGCGCUGUGGGCCUAUUUGGCGGGGGCAUCUCUGCGGCUUCCUCGUUGGAGACACCUUCAACUCCGCGAGUUCGUCGCGGCGGGCGUAGGGAAAGUGCCAACAUUGGUCUCUCCGCGCCUAUCCGCAGCGUCCGAUCCUCACCAGACCUCACGUAUGCUGCUGCUGCUGCAUCCCGUACUGAUGGUGGCAGCGAUGUGAAUGGUCGAGUCAAGACCAAGGAGAAUCCCUCCCCACCUCGUGGCUCAAGAGGUCGCCGAGGAGCUGUCAAAAUCGUGGCAUCGUCAGUCGGACAACAAGCUACUCUCCCCCAGCCACUGCUCCUUGGGAGCCUCGAAGGAUUCCGUCGCGGGCCUUCGUACCCACCUCGCGCUGGAGAGUUCUUUGAAGACGGAGCGGGCGGCUCCGAUGGCUCUGACUAUGACUCAUCAGCUGCAGCCGCUGCAUCCUCCGGAGCACUCGGAGGACGUGGUCGAAGCGCUUCCAGCCCUGCCUCUGGCAGCGUCUCAGCGCAACCGCUCCGCUUCCGGCUGUUGAGCAACUCGUCGCAUCUGCUCAUGCUGUCGUUGGAACUCGACAUGAUCAAGAAGCAAAAAAUCUCGGCGCCGCUCAAGCCACGUUGGGGCAAGCAUCGCGCCAACGACUUCAACCCGCUUCCUUCGACGAUCUUGCACUCGUCGUCCGCCGCUAUCUAUGCCUCAUCGAAGUACCUGCGCUCGCCCUAUCCGUCAUCUGGCGACGACGACAAUGCAGAUACGGAAGCGGGAGAGUGCCAAGACGGCCAGGAUGUGCCUUGCGACCAAGAGGAGCGUGAGGCUAGCACACCAUUCACAAGUAGGAGCGGGGCAAGAAACGUUGCCGCAUCGACACCUGCAGUAGAGCGACAGGGCAAUCCAGCCAUGAUCGGCUGCGGAGGUGGACUGCGGGACCCAAGCAGCCGGCUACGCUACUCAUGGAGUCUGGCAGAUAUCGCCGGGGCGCUCGAUGCCACCGUAACUCCCGCUGCUGCUGGGAUGUAA